CUUAUUUUUUGAUCAUCACUCCGCCCCUCUCCUUGGUUGCUUCUCCUUGUUCGAAUGUUCGGUUGAAAGAUAUUUUUCGGAUUCUUUGGUUACGUCAUACAGGAUGAGCCUGUUACAGAAACGAAAGAGACCAGAAGCCAGAUCGGCGGGUGGUCUAACAGAAACCAAUCGUCUGGUACUCAAUGUCAUCAAGAGCAAAGGUGCAGAUACUAUUACGGACUGGAACAUCAAGAAAGAAACAAACCUGCAAGGAGCGGCCUUCAACAAGAUCAUCAAGAACCUCAAAGACUUGGCCCUGAUCAAGGAAAUCCGCCGUGCCAAUGCCAAAGGAAAACACUUUAUUGCAGCAGAAUUCGAGCCAACAGAUGAGGUCACUGGUGGAGUAUGGUUUACUGAUGGUGCCCUUGAUACCGAUUUCAUUAAUCAACUUAAAGGAAUCUGUUUAAAGAUUAUAAAGAAGCUGAAAGUAGCAACAGCUGAGGGCGUUUAUGACUUUUUCAAGGAGAAUAGGCUGACAAAGACCGAGUGCACAAGCCAACAGUUAAGUGAAAUUUUGAAGACUUUGGUUCUUGACAACGCGAUUAUUGAAGUGAAGAGCACUGGGCUCGGGGAGUACUUUUCAAUCCCUAUUGGAAAUGUGUGUUAUAGGUGUCUUGAUGGAAAUCUUGGAGAUCACGGUCCAAAAUUAGGUGCCAUGGUUUCGAUUCCUUGUGGUGUUUGCCCCAGAAUGAAACAGUGCACACCUGAUGGGCUUAUAUCUCCAACUAAUUGUGUUUACUACACAAAAUGGUUAGAAUUCUGAUGAAAACUGUAAUCUUGGUUAUCGUUUAUAUAGAUAUAUUCAUGCUUUUUUACAGUUGGAAUA